AUGUCGCAAUCUCAUAGUCUUCCUCCGAAACCAUUGCCUUUGAAGGUUGAUUCCAAAAAUGGAGGAGAGAGGCCGAAUUAUAUCAUUUUUAUGCCUGAUCAGUUGAGGUAUGACUCUCUCGGCUGUACAACUGGCCCCGAUUCCGAGAUCAAGACUCCGAAUAUCGAUGCGUUCGCUGCAAGGGGAAGUCUUUUCACCAAUUGUUUCACGCAAGCUUCUGUGUGUUCUCAAUCGAGAUGCAGUAUGUUCACUGGAACAUAUCCCCACGUCAGCGGUCAUCGAAGUCUUGAGAAUCUCAUCAAGCCAUGGGAACCGAAUAUCUUUCGGAGUCUGAAGGAGUCGGGCUAUCAUGUUGCGUGUCUUGCGCCACGAGGCGACACGUUUGCACCAACUGUCACUGAGUUGAGUCUUAGCGAAUACGGGUUUUUGGAAACACCAGAGUUUACGCCGAAAUUUGCUGGUGGUGGACGAGAGGUUGAUGAGAGCAUUUGGGGGCGCUUGUUCUAUCGUGGAUUGAGAGAUGCGGAUAAGGCUUUGGACUAUGACGAAGCUGUUGUGAGAUCUGCUCUGACGUGGUUGGAUUGCCCUCCCACGGAUAAGCCAUGGGUCCUGUUUAUGCCUCUCAUCUUUCCGCACUGUCCUUUCCAAGUUGAGGAGCCGUACUUUUCCAUGUAUGAUCGCUCUAAAGUCUCCAGCGUUGGAGCGACGGUCGACAAGAAGACGGGAUAUGAGCCACGGUAUAUGAAGUCGAUCCGAGAGAAGUACGGUACCCAUCGCGCAACGGAUGAGAUUUGGAGAGAGAUCAAAGCAACCUACUAUGGUAUGAUCACAAGACUAGAUGAUCAGUUCGGAAGAGUUCUCAAGAAGGUCGAUGAGCUCGGUAUCUGGAAAGAUACUGUCACCAUGUUCUUCACUGAUCAUGGAGAAUAUCUUGGUGACCAUGGACUCAUUGAGAAGUGGCCUUCAGGUCUUUCUGAGACUCUGGUACACGAGCCUCUUAUCAUUGGUGGCGCUGGACUCCCAGAAGGAAAGAAGAUUAAUGCCAUGACCGAAAUGGUGGACUUGGUGCCGACGAUGCUGGAGACAUCUGGAAUCGGAGAGUCAUUCGCUCAUAAUGGGCUGUCAUGGAUUCCUCUUCUAUGCGGCGAUGCCACAACUCACAAACAGUAUUCUUUUUCUGAAGGCGGCUUCCUGACUUCCGAGGAGCCAAUCCUCGAACAAGCGCCCUACCCCUACGAUCUCAAAGCCGGGCUUCAGCACGAGGAUACCACGUUGGUCGGAAAGGCUAUUUCACUGCGUGAUGAAACCUGGACUUAUGUAUACCGACUGUACGAACCGGCAGAGUUGUAUCAUCGACACAACGACCCUCAUGAGCUUCAUAACCUGGCUCAAGAUCCGGAUCAUAAAGGGUUGGCGGAUAAGUAUGAGAAGGCUACGCUAAAGUGGUUGUUGGAGGGCGCUGAUGUUAUGCCUUGGACGAAGGAUCCGAGAUUUCCGGAGGUGAAGCUGAAGAGUCCGAGGGAGCAGAUGGAGGAGAGGCUGAAGCAGGUCAAGAGUGAUUAG